AUGGUGGGAGUGAAAGUGAUCGGAGGAGAUGGAGAGUUCCAACCCGAGCUGAGCGCCGCCGGGUCCAGACUGAGUGUGGUCAAAUUUACCAUGAGAGGGUGUGCUCCAUGUGUGAGGAUAGCACCGGUGUUCACAUCACUUAGUAAUAAGUAUCCACAAGCCGUCUUUCUGGAAGUGGACGUACAUCAGUGCCAAGGAACCGCUGCUGCCAACAAUAUAUCGGCAACCCCCACGUUUUUAUUCUUCAGAAAUAAAGUAAAAAUUGAUCAGUACCAAGGUGCAGAUGCUGCUGGUUUAGGAAGAAAAAAUCAAACAGCACCUGGAGAAUGAUCCAGGGAACAAUGAAGACACGGAUAUUUCCCAAAGGAUACAUGGAUUUAAUGCCAUUCGUAAACAAAGCUGGUUGUGAAUGUCUUAAUGAAAGUGAUGACAAUGAGUUUGAAAACUGCUUAAAGAAAGACCCAACAUACCUUGAAUCAGACUGCGAUGAACAGCUCCUGAUCACUGUGGCUUUCAACCAGCCGGUUAAAUUGUAUUCUAUGAAGCUUCAGGGUCCUGACAAUGGGCAGGGUCCAAAGUAUGUAAAAAUAUUCACAAACCUCCCACGAUCCAUGGAUUUUGAUGAAGCAAUGAGAAGUGAACCUACUCAAGCUCUGGAAUUGACAGCAGAUGACAUAAAAGAGGAUAGCAUCAUACAGCUACGUUAUGUUAAGUUUCAGAAUGUAAAUAGUGUAACGCUAUUUGUCCAGUCCAAUCAGGGUGAUGAGGAGACAACCAGAAUCACAUACUUUACUUUUAUCGGGACUCCGGUACAGGCAACAAAUAUGAACGACUUCAAGAGG